CCGAUUUUAUUCAAAUAUAAACUGGUAAAAUAUAAUUUUUUUGUCAUGGAAAAAUCAAAAUAGAUCGUCAAACCGCAGACCACAAUAACUGCAGAUGCUAUAUCAACAUUCUUAUGUUGUCAACGCGGGAAAGACGCCGAUAAAGAGAAAAGACAACGGAUUUGAAAAUGAACCCAUUUCUUGGCCUUUUUCUUCAAGAUUCUACUUGAUUUCAGCCAAGCAAAAUACUUCAAAAUGCCAGAGCCAACGGAAAAUAUUCUCAAGGAGAGAGUCCAAAAGCUUGAAAGACUUCUGCGCAUUUUGUACCAUGCAGGCUCGCGAGGAAAGGAUUGUUGCUUUGGAAACAGAGAACGCCAUGCUUUAUCUGAAGCUCGCUGAGUGUCAAGGGACAGUGCGGAGCUCCAGAUAUGAGUCAAGUCACUUCCGUAGGCUAUUUGAGGCAGAGGAAGGUUUUAAGAAAAAUGUGACGAAGUCAAUCAAGACAUGUUACAGUGAAGUUCGGGAGUUGAAAGAGAAUUUGAAUAGCCUAAAAAGUGUGGUUGCUCAAAUGCCUGAAGAGUUAUCGACAUAUGUGGAGAAAGCAAAAUUUAAGACCACAAAGUUUGGAAGUGAGGAGAUGACAAACAUGGAGAAGAUGCAGUCCAAGUUGAUGGAGACUGAAAUGCAGCUAGACAUGGCACUACAGAGAGCAGCAGCGGAGAAGGACAGACGAAAAACACUUCACAACACCCUAGUAGAAAUUCGUGGUAACAUCCGUGUCCACUGCCGACUGCGUCCACUGAUUGGUGUGAUUGAUGCUCAUGGCGAUGGCAAUAUCGGCCAGGCUGGAACACCAUCGGAACAGGUGGUGCAUGCAAUUGACGAGGAAACAUUGUCUGUCGUUCCCAACAAGCCUGGGGGCGGUGCCUCACAGCCGAAGAUUUAUGAGUUUGAACGAGUGUACAAUGAAGAGACCGAUCAGAAGGCUGUGUUUUCAGAUGUCGCUCCUCUACUGACCUCUUUACUCGAUGGAUACAAUGUGUGCAUCAUGGCGUAUGGGCAGACCGGCUCUGGUAAGACACACACCAUGCUUGGUAGCCAUGACAUUGAUGUCGAGAUGGACUCAGAACAGCUGAACAAGGACGAAGGAAUCAUUCCGCGUGCUGCUAAGGAGUUAUUUAGGUUGAUGGCCGAGAGGGAGACUGCGACCGAGUCUUAUUCGGUAGAGAUUGCUGUCUGCGAAAUCUACAAUAAUGACGUCAGAGAUCUCCUGGCACCCUCAAAGAAUGUCGAAAAGCUGAGUAUCGUCACAAGUAGCGAAGGAGACACGGAAAUCCCAUCUCUCGUCACAAAGCCGGUUACUACUGUACAAGAACUGAUGAGCUUAGUGUAUUAUGGGAUGUGUCGUCGUCAUGAGGACGCCACCAAUGUGCAUGCGCACUCGAGUCGAUCGCAUCUGAUAGUCCAGCUACAGCUCUACACGAUAACCAAUCAGCAGACAGCACGUGUUGCCACGCCCACUUCCGAGGCCGCGCCGUCUCCCCCAGGCACCCCCACACAGCCGAGACGUAGCAAUCUACCGCAGCCGUCCAAGAACCACGCUAGUAGAUCCCAGUCUCCCGCGCCACCGCGAGGAAGGUCGCUGAAGAGAUCCAAGCUGACCAAAAGCCCCGCAAUAGGUGAUGUACUCGAUGGCGGGCAAAGGUCACCAGCCCCAGGCUCCGCCGCAGCUGCUCGCUCCAGGUCCCCAUCGCCUGCUCGGUCUAGUACCAGUACUCCUCCGACCAUCUCGAGCGUUAAGACGAAACUCCAGCUCGUGGACUUGGCAGGAAGCGAGAGUGUUGGGAUGUCAGGUGUCACUGGUGCGGCGCUUCGUGAAACGUCUUUCAUCAAUAAAAGUCUAAGUGCUCUGGCUGAUGUCCUUGGAGCUCUUGCGGAACAUCGUUCACACAUUCCCUACAGGAACACUCGCCUGACACACAUGCUACAGGAUACAAUAGGUGGGAAUGCCAAGCUUCUCGUCAUGCUCUGCGUUUCGCCUGCCCAGCGGUUCAUCACAGAAACGUACCAGUGCAUCGGCUUUGGGUCACGUGCUCGCCAGGUCGCCCGCGGUCCUGCUAAGAAGCGGCGUCCUACGUCAUUCAACCCGUCAAACCAGCUGUCGCUAGAUCUGAGUCAGUUGAACUCCGCUCUUCGAUCCAACGGAAGUCUGUCUCCGAGAUUCAACCCGAACAGGCGACGAGGAUCGAACUUCACGUUCCCUGACACGUGAUUUCAAGACCCCUGACACGUGACUUCACAGCAAAGGUCGAAGGGAAUUCACGCUCACUGACAAGUGACCGCCCAGCGAAAACUUGUGAAUUCACAUUCCCUGACACCUGAAUUCACAGCAAACGCAGAGAACACAUGUGGAAGAGACCGUUAAUUGUUGAUAUGCGCUUCCCGUUUUUUGACCAAGCAUACAAAACUUUUUGCCAAAUCUGUACUUUUUAUGGUCCAAAAUAUGCACAGCAUUAUUGGUAGACUGGAAUGCCCCGUUUAACUGCGAUUUUAAGUUUUCCGUUAACUCUCGCCAAUGAUCCCCAAAUUGCUAGAACUUCUCAUUUCGUCCGUGAACCAAGUUUUGUAUUUUAACGAAACACGUAUUUGUCAGCGAAUUGCAGUGAGAUGUCUCAUGUAUGAAGCCAUCAAAGUGUAGGCCAAUGAAGACAGUCUAAUGCUUUUGACUGACGGAAGUCAUAAAGUGUAUUAUGUCGCUUGGAAUUUAUAACAGUGAGCUCUCAAAAUCGUAGUAGUAGCGUUUACAAAAUGAUUACGAUAUAUUUGUACAAACAGUAUUAAAUUAGAGAGAUGAUGUAAAUUAUAAUAUGACAUUAAAAACAUGUAUGUGUUUUUUUA